GAAUGAACGCCGAGACGUGCGUUUCAUACUGCGAUAUGACAUCCAUGGAUUCAUAUUAUAGUCCUUCUGCACCCCAAGGUAGGGAUCACCCGACGAACCCUUUUAGGACAUUCCAAGCGAGUGACACCAAAUACAGCUCCACUUUCCUGCCCAACAAAGGUCAGGCUUACGGAGAAAAGUCACGGAGCCCAUUCCAACAGGAGUGCCAGUCAUUGGAUCCCAUAGCUGGUGAAGGCACCUUUAACAAAUAUCACCUCUACAUGCAGAGGUCCUCUUGUAAAACUACCCCCGAAGGCGGUAAACUGCACCAGGAAAGCGGACACAACGGAGCGCUCAUCCCUUGCUAUGGUGACCUGACCGCCUCGCCUUCUAAGUGGAGGAAGAGAGAACGUUUCGGGCAGAUGCAGCAGGUCCGAACACACUUCUCCACGGCGUACGAACUGCCUCUGCUCACCCGGCCGGAGAACUAUGCACAGAUCCAGAACCCAUCGUGGAUUGGUGGCAGCAGUGCUGCUUCCCCCGUCCCGGGCUGUGUGGUGCCCUGUGACACUGUCACCUCCUGCAUGACCCCUCACCCCCACGCCAGCAGCGGUGUGUCUGACUUCCUGGGCGUGGCCAGCCCUGGGGGCCACAUGGGACAGACACACAUGGGCAGCUUGUUCGGGGGGCCCCAGGGGGUAGGCACGGGCAUCAACGGAUACGACCUCAACAUGGACCCUGACCGCAAGUCCUCCAGCAUCGCCGCCCUGCGCAUGAAGGCCAAAGAGCACAGCGCUGCCAUCUCCUGGGCAACAUGAUGCCCCCGGAGCGGGAAGGACAGGGGCCCCUUGGAACCUCUGGAGCCCCAGAGUCCAGAACAAGCCGUCCACAACAGAGAUAGGUGGGGAUCUGUGUGCCACUGUAACAGCAAUAGUGAUGACCUAGAAUAAUGAUGAUAAAAAGCCAUAGAAAAGCCCAUAGCCAACUGCUGGGUGCUGCAACUCACUGAAGAGGAAUGGACAAGCCUCUGGCCUCAUUGCCUUAUGAAUGCCUGACACAGUGGACUGGUCGUGUGAUGGACGACAAUUACAGUUGAAGUAGGAAUCUUUCCAUCAGAAGACAAAUGGAUUGGCGGCUUGCUGGGAACAACUUGUGGUACAGUGAUCAUAAUUUCAACUAAGGAAAACCAAAGGAAAAAAGUUGAUUCAAACCAAUCCCUGCACUUAUUCACAACAUACAGGAAAUGCUGUAACACACAUAUUAUUGAGUGCUGAAAUGGCUUUUCUGUUCAGGUGUUGUUAUAUUUGAUUGUUCUUUUCUAGUAUUUAAGUUUUAAGUGUGUUUUUCUCUGGAUAAUUUAGCUUUUGGUUUUGUCACAGAAUCUAUCCUCCCGCAAAGCACAUACAUAUUAAUGCAGGACUUAUGCAGAUUGAACUAACAUCUCCACAAUGUCUUGGCAACAGUCAAAUACAAAACAAAGCACAAAGACUACUUUUUCAUAGUUAAAAUAUUUGAAAAUAUCAGAACUUUCCAUGAGAGAUGAAGAGCAUUGUUUAUUUUCAGUGUUUGGGACAGAGACAGACAGCCAGACAGACAACCAGACAACCAGACAGAUAGACAAGACAGCCAUAAAGACACAGAAAGACAGACCCUUGACAGACUGCCCCUUUGACUUGACCAGCCUGUUACAGGG